UAUUUGCAGUGCAGUGGAGUCAGUUAGACCCUGCCUUAUCUAGAGGGAAAAAAACCUCCAGAGAGAAGUCAAAUUAUUCUUUCUUCUUUUCUUGUGGAAAAGAAAUCACUGCCUAGAAAACCAUGGCAUGGUGGAAGGGCUGGCAUGAUGAAGACGGCAGCUCGGUGAAAGGCAGCCUGCAGUUUGACCCUGCCCCUGAUGCCCAAGCUCUGUACCAAGCCAUGAAAGGAUGUGGGACCAAUGAGCAAGCUAUAAUCGACAUCCUCACCAACAGAACCAAUGCACAGCGUCAACAGAUCGCCAAAUCAUUCAAAGCACACUUUGGAAAGGACCUUAUUGAAAGCUUAAAGUCUGAGCUGACCGGCAAGUUUGAGAGACUCAUCAUAGCUCUUAUGUACCCCCCAUCCAAAUAUGAUGCCAAGGAACUGCAUGAUGCUGUGAAGGGUAUAGGAACAAGUGAAGGGGUCAUCAUAGAGAUAUUGGCAUCUCGGACAAAAGAGCAAAUCAAAAAUAUAGUCAACGCCUACAAAGAAGAAUACGACUCUGACCUGGAAGAGGACAUCAAGUCAGACACAAGUGGCUACCUUGAGCAGAUAUUAGUUUGCCUUCUUCAGGGUGAGAGGGAUGAUCCAAGAUUUUAUGUGGAUUCAGAAUUGGCACUUCAGGAUGCACAGACUCUUUAUGCUGCUGGUGAGAAGAUACAGGGCACUGAUGAGAUCCAAUUCAUCACCAUCCUGUGUAAAAGGAGCGCCAUUCACUUGCUGAAAGUCUUUGAUGAGUAUCAAAAGCUUGCUGGGAAGAGCAUAGAAGACAGUAUCAAGAGUGAAACCCAUGGCUCACUAGAGGAUGCUAUGCUGGCUAUUGUGAAAUGCACCAGGAACGUCCACUGUUACUUUGCAGAGAGGCUGUACCAUGCCUUGAAGGGGGCAGGAACCCGUGAUGGGACUCUUAUAAGAGUUAUUGUUUCCAGAAGUGAAAUUGACUUAAAACUUAUCAAGGCUGAAUUCCUGAAGAUUGCCAACAAGUCCCUCUCUACCACGAUUGCGGGGGACACCAGCGGUGAUUACAAGACUGCCUUGCUGAAUCUGUGUGGCAAUGACCAAUGAAGAAAUCUGAAGUGACGAUGUUGAAAUGGAGGCAAAGAGAACAUCAAUAGUGAAUACGUGUCUGGAAAUGUACGCUUAGAAACCCUGUCCACUGAACAAGUACAAAAGAGAAGAUUUGCCUAGAGGCAAGGAUUUUCCAAAGCCACCUCUGGGAUUUGGAUACACACUGUCCAAAAAGUGCCCCAAAUCUCCUAGGUGGCUUUAGAAAUGUUGCCAUGGUGUCUAAAUAAAUUAGCUUCUGUUGUGUUCUGUA